AUGUCAAAAAUUGUUGUUAUUGGAUCAUGCAGUAUAGACUUCACCACAUAUGCACCAAGAUUACCAUUACCUGGAGAAACACUUAUUGGAACUAAAUUUACAACCAGUUAUGGUGGGAAAGGUGCAAACCAGUGUGUUGCUGCUGCGAAGUUGGGUGGAGAAACCUCCAUGAUUUGUAGACUGGGCGAUGACCAAUGGGGUCUAAAGUACAAAGAAAACUUAGUAAACCAUGGCAUAGAUGUUAAAUAUGCUAAUAUUACACCCAAUAUUACAACGGGUAUUGCUCAGAUAUCAGUAGCUGAAAGUGGUGAAAAUCAGAUUGUGAUAGUCCCAGGUGCUAAUAAUUAUCUUAUAACAGAAGAUGUUGAAAAUUCAGCAGAUCUUAUUAAAAAUGCAGAGGUUAUUGUCAGCCAAUUAGAGACACCAUUUGAGACUACAUUGGAAGCUUUUAAAUUGAGCACUGGUAUAAAAUUACUGAAUGCUGCCCCAGCAAGAGUCGGAAUUGAUGAAAUAUUAAAAUACUGUACAAUACUUUGUGUGAAUGAACCCGAGGCUACAUUACUCACUAAUAUUCAAGUUGAUGUUACAAAUGCUGUUUAUGCUUUAAAAAAGUUGCUUGAAACUGGAUGUGAAACUGUGAUUAUCACUUUGGGACCUGAGGGAGCAGUUUAUCUGUCUAAACAAGAUCAGCAACCAAUACAUGUUUUGUGUGAUGAAGUUAUUGCUGUAGAUACUACAGGGGCCGGCGAUGCAUUUGUUGGAGCUUUGGCCACAUACUUAGUGACACACAAAGAUCAACCAAUGCAUCAAAUUAUUGGUGCUGCUUGCUAUGUUGCUACACAAUCUGUAACAAAAGAAGGAACACAAACAAGUUAUAGUGAUAAGAUAAAUGCAUUUAAUAGAACAUAUAAAUACUUAUGUAUUUAA